AUGCAUGGAAGCGUCAAGGAUAUCCGUGACAUGUACGACAAUCUGGUGGCCAUGCUUCUCCCACAGCUGCCACCACCAUCAGACGCCACCGAGAGCGUAGAUGGUGAAGUCGAAGGAGUCAAGUAUCGCGUCUACACCCCCAAGGAGGCUGCCAAACAAGGACCCCUUCCUGUUGCCAUCUGGACCCACGGAGGAGGAUGGAUGACAGGCGAUCUCAACUCAGACGAUCUCCUCUGCAGGGUCAUGGCUGAACAUGUUCCUUCCAUCAUCGUCAAUGUCGACUAUCGACUCGCUCCUGAGCACAAGGUCCCCACCCAGCUGGAGGAUACGCUGAAGGUGUAUCGAUGGGCUAUGGAGAACGCAGCUUCGAUUGGCGGAGAUCCCAACAAGUUCUACACGAUUGGAGGGUCCGCAGGAGGUGCUCUGGCUCUUCAAGUUGCUAAUCGCAUUGUCAAGGACCCCGCGACACGCAAAGGGAUCAGAGGAAUUGCUGCCCUGGUGCCAUGCACUCUUCACUGGGACCACGUGCCUGAGGAGUACAAGUCCAUCCACAAGUCCUACGAGGAGAACAAGGAGGGUGUCCCCAUCAUCGACAAGGAAUCAAUGGACAUCUUCUACAGAGAAGCAGGAGCUGACCCCAAGGACAGCGACAUCUUCACCGCACUGGCUACCGACAACCACAAGAAUUUCCCACCCACGUACCUCGCAAGCUGCGAGUUUGAUCCCUUGAGAGAUGAUGCAUAUGUAAUGGAGGCGGCGUUGAAGAAAGCUGGCGUCCCAACCAAACAUGAUCACUACAAGGGCCUACCGCAUUACUUCUGGAUCUUCCCUUCGGUGCCGGAAGGUCAACAGUUUGUCGGAAACCUUAUCGGUGGAGUCAAGUGGUUGAUCUCACAGAUGUAG